GCUGAAGACUCGAAGGGAAAAUUUGUCUACUGAUACUCAGAAGGAAAUAAUUUUCUACUGGCUUAGGGUUGGAAGACUGUCUCAUUCUUAGCGUCUUCUGAAAUAAAAUUAGGAUGGAUUGGGGAGAUGAAUAUUCCCAUAAUUCUUUUGACCUACGCUGUUUGUUAAACUCAUUUCCUGGAGACUUGGAGUUUAAGCAGAUCUUCAGUGAUAUUGAUGAAAAGAUCGAACAAAAUGCUGUGAGCAUAGAACACUGCUUUAAGGAAAUACAGUCUGAAGUUCACAAACUAUGUCCGGAUGUGCAGCUGCAAACACCCGCAGACUACUUUGAAUGGCUCAGUCACUAUAACUGUGAUGCGUCUAAGGCACCUUCCAUUCCCCAUGGAGAUGUGAUAAAAUUCCUCAGAACAGUGCAAGAUUUGUUAAAGAAUGAGCAAAAUCAAGAAGAAAUGAUACUGGAUUUACUGUGGGAGCUUUGCUGCCACAGCGGCGUCUCCUUCCCCUGGAGCCUGAGUGGAACAUCUUUCCAUUGCCUCUCCGGGACUUCCCUUCAUUCCGUGGAAGACCUUUCCCCUGUGGAUGUCAAGUCUCUGUGGGAUGACAUAAGACUGCAUCUUCGACGCUUCUUAGUGAGCAGACUGCAGAGCCACCAUGAAAUACAUAACUCACAGCAAAAAAUCUCACUGAAAAGUCAGUGCCUACAGCAACUCUUGUUUCUUUAUCCAGAAUCGGAAGUUUUAAUCAAGUACCAAAGCAUACAGAAUAAAUUGUUGACUGGCCUCCUGCAGGACUGCCUGCCUUCUUCCAGGAGAGAUUCAAAUUUAGCCGCAAUAGCUCGUGGCUACCAAAGCACAGUGCUCAAGUUAUACUUCAUGAUAGAAGAGGAUUUUAAUGUACUGUGUGAAAUUUUAACUCCACUCUCAACAGUGAAAUUUGUUAAAGAAACUUACCUGGAUACUGUGACUGAAGAAAUGGCAAAAUUUCUUGAAAAUUUUCGAGGGCUGCAGUUCAAAGAAAGUGCUGUCGGUGUGGUUAAAACAAGCAAGAGCUGCAGCAGGCACAGAGGAGCAGUGCGUGCCUUGGUCGCUCCGGAAUGCCCACAGAAAGGAAAAAACUUCUGCCUUUCGUUGGAUGAACUCAGUUUCUUUGCACAGCUUACAAAAUCCCUUUUGAAGCUGGAAAAAAAAGUCCAAGAACUGUUUGAAGAAAUGUUUUUAUCAUUCAAGGUAUCCAGGACUACUUCAGGGGUUCUGGAGAAAUCCUAUAAUGAAGUGUUAACAGGGAAACCGAGAGCAAUUGAAAGCAGGGUUCCUUCGGAACGAUUGCUACCAUUAAAAGAGGCUACUUUACUAAAUUUUGACUGGAGAAGUGCGUUUAAGGAAUUGUCAUUUCAAAUGGCAGACAGCGUAACCACUGCCAUUGAAGACUUUUCCGCAAAAAUUCUCCAAGAGGAACAGCAGGAGAGGUCUUCAGCUGUGAGCUACACCAUGAAGCUUGUAAACGUGCAGCAAGCUUGGCAAGAGGGCCACGUGUUGCCUCAGGAGGAACAACCAAAGAAAAUUGCAAAGUUUUGUUCUGACAUCAUGGAAAAACUUGACACAAUGCUUCCACUGGCUCUGGCAUGCAGAGAUGAUUCUUUUGCGGAAAUUAGAGAAAACUUGGUGGAGGGCUGUUAUAAAGUGGCAACAGCUGUCCUGGCGAGACUGCGUGAGAGAGGCAAGGAGGUGCCUUCCAAAGCACCCCUGAAGAACCUGCUGGCGCUGCUCUCCUCGGCGUUGUUCAUCAGGCAGCGCCUCACACAAUAUGACAGUCUGAUGAAAGAAACUACCAAACAACCCAUAUUCCUGGUGCCUGUCCAACGAUAUCAGGAAUUCAUCAACACUCUACAGUUUCAGGUUACGGACUACUGCGUCAGAGUUUGUGCUACAAGCAUUUUACAGGAUGCUGAGAGCCACCACUGGGAUGACAACAAAGCUUUUUAUGAGGGGGAGAGAUGCUCCUUCGCGCUCCAGAUGUGGCAUUAUUUCUGCUGGGCUUUACAUCAUGACCUCUGGACCAUCCUGCCCAACGCAUUAGCCCAGGAGAUCCUAGCGGAAGUGCUGGAAGAAUCCUUGGCUCUGCUGGCCUCCAGAUACGCUCGUGCCUGUCCCAGUUACGAGAGAACCCCCCAGAUAAGACUUGAUGUCACAACAAUUUUAAUUUGCGCAGAGAACAUGUUAUGGUCAAUUUGUUCAUCUGUACAGCAACUUUUGAAUCCUCACCAAUAUAGGGAUGAUAAAAUUUUUAAAAUUCAUAUCCACUGUAAUAACCUUCUUACAACGUUAGUCAUUUUGACCUCACCCCUAACAGAACUAUAUAAGACGUUUCGGGAUGGCAUGGAUGAGUCGGCUUCUGAUUCCUUAAACUCAUUUUUUAACCAACCAUUACAUUGGGUUUCUUGCCUUUCACACUUCUACCCUUCUUUACUCAGGACUCCAUCAGCUGGAGGCCUGAAAACCGAGGGUCAAUUGAAACUGCUCUUAUCCCAGCCAGGCUGUAAUUGGAACCUGCUCCUGGAAACGCUGCUGCAUUGUGAUGGUCUCUUACCCAGGAUCCUGCUCAAGGGCUCAAAACAAGUUUCUGACACAGAAAAUCACCUGCAACGAUCCAGCUUGGUAGAAGCCAUCUUUAAAGUCCUGUACCAUUGCAGUUUUUCUCCACAAACAUUUGGAAAUGUUUUUGUGAGUUACAUGGAAGAACACCACUUAUGGGAGUUUUUACAUAACAUUCCAGUCUCAACAUGCACGGAGUCGGAGCUAGAGGUCAUCCGAUGCUUGAGGCUGGCGCUGACCGAAGCCGUGAAGGACAUUGUCCAGCAGACCAUAUCUGUGAUGACCUCUAGGAAAAACCGUGAGACAAACCCAACCAAGCCGUGUGUCCCUGAACGUUUGCUUGAGAGUAUUCCCAAAGAAUGCUGCUACAUACCACGAGAGACCCAAAAGAAAGAACUCAGUAAAGGCUUCGCAAGGCUUGCUGCUGAGGCAGUAUCUAUUGUAAUCAGCAAGUUACCUACAGUGAUUGCAUGCUUGCCUCCCCCAAUUAAAUACUUCUUUUUUCUGUCUGAGAGAAAAAUGUCAAAAAACUUUGUUGAAUUGAAGAAAGCUGGCCUGCUUGUCUGGAACUUGAUUGUAAUUAUAUGUCGGAUAUUCGAAGAUGGAAACACCGCGGAACUUUUAACAGGUGCCUGCCUGGACAGAUGGAGCAAAGAGAAACUCGGUUUGAUUUGUGUGUGUUUGAAAAGCAUCAUGGGAGAGCCGAGCAGCCCUAAUCAGAUGGCCCAAAAGGUCAUCCAGAUCAUUGAGCAACAGAAGCCCAACUGGAUCGAGCGUCAACUGUGGAAAGCAAAGAGACUGAGCGCUGAAUGUGCAAUGAUGACAGCAGAGGAGAACCCAGCCUCAGAAGAAGGAGAUACUGCUCUUGAACUGACUGAGCAGAAAAUAAACACGACAGUCCUGGAUCUGUGCCACCAACCAGGUGGCAGCGAGUACCUGAGGCAAAUUUAUCACAUCAUGCGGCUCAAUGAGGAAUAUUUAAGACAACAGCUGUUUUCCAGAAAUGGUUCAGAGGAAAGGUCAUUAGGCAGUCCACCUCCAUGGAUGACCUUGAAGACUGGGGGGGAUGAGCCUGUCUUUAACCCUUUCCACGUGCACAAGGUGUUCAGUGAAAACAUGGUAGAUCAGUCAGCCAUCAGAAAAUGGAACUGGAAUUGGUCAAAGUUGCUGCCAAAUUAUCUGGGACUGGGUAAGAUGACCUUCAGCGUCCUGCUCAAAAACAGGUGGGAAAUGAGGGAUGAACAGAGACUAGAAGAGGAAGAAAAAGCGAUGCUGGAACAUUUACAACAAAUGUGUGCCAUGCCAUGUUCUUCUGCCUUGCGUAAUACGGAGGAGCAAUAGUCUGCAGAAAACAGCAACAGCUUUAUUUUAGGAGACACAUGUAGCAGAGCAGGAUUUUUGCUAUAGUCAGAAUGAAGUUCAGAUGUGCUGUGAAGCAUGAAACCAAUGACUGAGUAAUCUCUCUACUGAAGAGGAAUACAGCACACACAAAGAAUAAGGUGUUACACCGUUUUUUGUUUUAAAAACAAUUUCCAAUAUUUCCCUUUCACCAAUCUUUCUCUCUAUAUAACUGCUGCCAUCUCGUGUUCCUUCUGAAUUAUUAUUUUUCCUUCUUUUCAGUCCUUAAGUAUCUAUGACAACAGUUAAAAUUUUUUUUGUAAUUUUUUUUCCCCUAUGGAUCUGUAAAUGCAACAUUUGGAUGUUAACUUGACUGGAAUCAUCUGAAAAUUUCCAUUUACUCUCUAGCUGUAGCCCCAACCCAGGUUCUAACUGCCUUUAUUAUCUACCAUCAUACUAGCUCCCUAAUGACCUAACGUCUUCCUCAUGCAAUUUAUCUCCACAACAGCCACAAGAGACCUUCUCCUGAACUCCAACUUUAGUCACAUGUCUGCCUGUUUUCAGUCUUGCUGCUAGCCCCGAGUCACUCCUGGCAUCUGUUGUCAGGUACUACAGCAAAUGACUAGAAGUGCAGGAAACUUUCAUCCUCUGGCCUCAGCCUAUUCCCUUGCCAUUUGAAUCAACCAAAAAUGACCUUGCUCUGAAAAUUAUGUUCAAAAGUCAACCCAAUAAUCUCUACUUCAUUGCUCAUUAUCCUACUACAGUUCUUAUUUUCACCAUGCAUGUACAAAUUUGCAUCCACAAUGAGAAAACAGAAUAUGUUCUCCCACACUCUCUACCAAGUAUAUUUAUAGGUACUUGUUAUCAUCUUCUCAUUAGUGCCUGAUAUUAGACCAAAAAGACCUUAAAAGCCAGACAAUAUAAAAGGAAGUUUCCAUUGUGUAAUUCUUCCUGUGUCCACUACACUGGCAUUCACUGAGGGAGCAGCCAGUAUACAUGGUUGGUUGAAUGGCUACCAGUGAA